AUGACAUAUUCAACUGGUUCUCAUUCAAAACCAUGUUCAAUCGCAGUUGCUGAUAUCAACAAUGAUACUAUACUGGAUAUCGUUGUAGCAAAUUUCGGUAGCAACAGCAUUGGAAUAUUUUAUGGAUCAAGUAAUGGAUCUUUUGUUUCUCCAAUAUCAAUCUUCACCAAUGUAUCUCGUCCAUAUUCCAUCAACAUAGUUGAUUUUAAUAAUGACCAACUCCUUGAUAUUAUUGUUGCUAACUAUGGUAUUCAAACUGUUGGCAUAUGGUAUGGGCUCGGAAAUGGAAGCUUUUCCAAACGAAGCGAGUAUUCGACCGGUUAUGACUCUCUACCCUCUGCAGUAAUCACUGCAGAUUUCAACAAUGAUUCUCGGCUAGAUCUACUCAUUGCCGAUUCGGGCACGAAUAAUAUAGGAGUAUUUCUCAGUGAUCAUGGUGGAAGAUUUAAAAAAUUAACUUUAUAUUCAACAGGCUCUGGUUCUCGACCUACUUCAGUUGCUGUUGGUCAUUUCAACAACGAUACUCUACUAGAUAUCGCCGUCGCUAAUUACGGGACUGAAAAUAUAGGUGUAAUGCUUGGCUAUAGCAAUGGGACUUUUUCACAGCAAAUAGCACAUUCGCUCGGCACUGCUAAACCAUAUACCAUUAGUGUUGGCGACUUCAACAAGGACAAUCGACUGGAUUUGAUAGCCACUAGUAACGGUACUCACAACGUAGCUAUACUUCUCGGAAGUGGUAAUGGUACUUUUCUAACACCACAAAUGUAUUCAACUGGAUCUUCCGAUUCUACAUCAAUUGCUAUAGGAGAUUUCAACAAUGAUGAUCGACUAGAUAUUUCCGUCGUCAACAAUGAUAUUCAAAGUGUCGAUAUUCUUCUUGGAUAUUAUCAGGGCUUUCAAAACAGCUCGAACUAUUCAACUGGCUCUCAACCAUACGGUGUAGCUAUUGGUGAUUUCAACAACGACUAUCGACUCGAUAUAGUAGUCGCUAAUAAAGACAGCCGCAAUAUAGGAGUAUUUCUUCAAUAUGAAAAUGGUAGUUUUGCUGAUCAAGUGCCCUAUUUAACUGGCUCUGGUCCACAGUCGCUAGCGGUGGGUGAUUUCAACAACGACUCUCGACUGGAUAUUGUCGUCGCUAAUGAAGACAGCCACAAUGUAGGAAUAUUUCUUGGAUAUGGCAAUGGGAGUUUCGCUAAUCAAGUUACCUAUUCAAAAGGGUCUUUUCCAUCCAGUGUAGCUAUUGGUGAUUUCAACAAUGACUCUCGGCUCGAUAUUGUUGUCGCUAAUGCAGGAAGCAAUCAUAUAGAUGUUCUUCUCGGACAUGGCAAUGGGAGUUUUGCGGAUCAACUGACAUAUUCAACUGACUAUUGGCCAACUGCCGUAGCUGUUGGCGAUUUCAACAAUGACUCUCGGCUGGAUAUUGUUGUCGCUAAUGCCAUCAGUGACAAUGUAGGAAUAUUUCUUGGAUAUGGAAAUGGCAGUUUUACUGAUCAAACAACCUAUUCAACUGGCUCUUGGCCAACCAGUGUGGCUGUUGGUGAUUUCAACAACGAUUAUCGGCUUGAUAUUAUCGUUGCUAAUGCAGGAAGCAAUAGUGUGAGUGUACUUCUCGGGCAUGGUAAUGAUAGUUUUACUGAUCAAUUGACGUAUUCAGCUGGCUUCUGGCCAACUAGUGUAAUUGUUGGUGAUUUCAACAACGACUCUCGUCUCGAUAUCAUCGUUGCUAAUAGAGACAGCAAUAAUAUAGGUCUACUUUUCGGAUACGGCAAUGGGAGCUUUCUUGGCGACACAACCUAUACAACUGGCCGCUUGCCAGACAGUGUAGCUGCUGGUGAUUUUAACAACGACUCUCGACUGGAUAUUGUCGUCGCUAAUAGAGGCAGCAACAGUGUGGCAGUUAUGUUGCAAUACAAUAUUGGAGCUCUCAGACACCAAACGACGAUUACACCUGGUAGUGGUUCUGGUUUGCGGUCUUUUGCUGUGCAUGAUCUCAAUAAUGAUAAACAGCUGGAUAUUGUCUACGCUGGUUUUGGUUCUAGAGUUGUGGGCGUCUUGUUUGGAAGUGGGAAUGGUACGUUUAUACACAAAGCGAUAUAUUCAACUGGUUCUCGUCCAAAUUAUGUUGUUGUUGGCUAUUUCAACAACGAUGCUCAUUUAGAUAUUGCUGUAGCAAAUGAUGAUAGCAAAAAUGUUAGUUUACUGCUUGGAAACGGAAAUGGAACAUACACGAUUGACAAUGGUGUGGGAACCCGUUUUCCUUCUGCGCCCUUGGUGCUUGCUAGUAGUGAUUUGAACAGUGAUGGGCGAUAUGAAAUUUUGGUUGGCUGUGAUAAAAGUGACGUUAUUCAUAUACUUGUCGCCUAUGACUUCGGAUCUUUUAUCAAUCAACAGAGCUAUUCCACUGGUAUUUGGCCAUCCAGUGUAGCUGUUGGCGAUUUCAACAACGAUUAUCGACUGGAUAUUGUUGUCGCUAAUAUAGGCGACGGCAGUAUAAGUGUACUUCUUCAAUAUGAAAAUGGCAGUUUUGCUGAUCAAGUGGCUUAUUCAACUGGCGAGCUGUCAAAUAGUGUGGCUGUUGGCGAUUUCAACAACGACUUUAAACUAGAUAUUGUCGUCGUUAAUGGAGACAGCCGCAAUAUAAGUGUUCUUCUUGGAUAUGGCAAUGGGAGUUUUACUAAUCAAACAACCUAUACAACUGGUUGGUCCCCAGACAGUGUAGCUGUGGGUGACUUUAACAAUGACAUUCGACUGGAUAUUGUCGUUGCUAAUGCAGGAAGCAACAAUGUAGGUGUACUUAUUGGUUACGGGAAUGGCAGCUUUGCUAAUCAAACAGUGUAUUUAACUGGCCAGUCUCCAUCCAGCGUAGCUGUUGGUGAUGUAAACAACGACUCUCGACUGGAUAUUAUCGUUGCUAAUAGAGACAGCAACAAUGUAGGUGUACUUAUCGGUUACGGGAAUGGGAGCUUUGCUAAUCAAACAGUGUAUUUAACUGGCCAAUUUCCAUCCAGCGUAGCUGUUGGUGAUUUAAACAACGACUCUCGACUGGAUAUUAUCGUUGCUAAUGGAGACAGCAACAAUAUAGGUGUACUUAUCGGUUACGGGAAUGGGAGCUUUGCUGAUCAAAUAACAUAUUUAAUUGGUGAAAAACCAUCCAGUAUAGUUGUUGGUGAUUUCAAUAAUGACUAUCAGCUAGACAUAGUCGUGUCUAAUAGAAACAGCGACAAUUUAGGUAUACUUCUUGGCUACGGUAACGGUAGCUUCGCUGAUCCAAGAACAUAUUUAACUAGUCAACACCCAUCUAGUGUAGCUGUUGGUGAUUUCAACAAUGACUCCCGACUGGACAUUAUCGUCGCUAAUUAUGACAGUAACAAUAUAGGUAUACUUCUAGGAUACGCAACUGUAUCAUUUGCAGAACAAAUAUCACUUCACACUCACAUCACUUCGGCGCCUCAGUCAUUUGCUGUUGGCGAUUUCAACAAUGAUCAUCAAGCAGAUAUUAGUAUUGCUUAUCCAGAGGCUGAUAUGAUCGGUAUAUUUUUUGGAUAUGGUAAUAUUUCUUUUUCACAGCAGACAACUUAUUCUACUGGCACUUCUUCAUCUCCACGCUUUAUUGCAGUUGGAGAUUUAAACAGUGACACUCGAUUAGAUAUCAUUGUCGCAAAUUGUGGCACCAACAAUAUUGGUGUUUUCCUUGGAUAUGGAAACGGCACAUUUUUGGAUCCGUUAUUAUUCUCAACUGGUGAUGCUUCUUGUCCGGUAUCUAUGGCCGUGGAUGAUUUUAACAACGAUAGUGUACUAGACAUUUUAGUAGCUAAUCGCAAAGAGAACAGAGUUGGCCUAUUCCUCGGAUAUGGUAAUGGGAGCUUCCAUUAUCAAAUUGUGAUUUCCAGCAACUACGGGUCUUUACCAUUCUCUGUUGUCAAUGCUGACUUUGAUAACGAUAAAAAGCAGGAUUUCGUAGUUGGAAGCGAUGGAGAUGACAGUAUAAACGUUUACUUACAGAGUUGUUAA